AUGGCCACGAGAGCUUCUACCAUCAACACAGACGUCACAAGCACGAUGAUUCUGCUCGCCAUUCUCAAUCUGCUUCUUGCAGUGGUCGGCACCGCUGCACUACCUCAAGGGGCCAGCUUAGUCGCAAGGAGCACAUGCUCCCCGCGUCCCAAAGACCUUUGGCAGCCCGUGGUUGGAGUAUCGUGGAAUUACCAGUUGCUCAAGCCAAUUUCUUUACUUCAAACCGUCGACGCAAAGCCCAAGUUGUGGGCAAUUGACUUGUUCGACAACAAUGCCACCACCAUCACCGUCAUGCAGGGCAAAGGCCACCGAAUCAUCUGUUACUUUUCCGCAGGCAGCUAUGAGAAUUGGCGACCAGAUGCAGCCAGCUUCAAGCCUUCCGAUUUGGGCAAUGAUCUCGACGGCUGGCCUGGUGAAAAAUGGCUCAACCUGAGCUCGCCAAACGUCCGGAAAAUAAUGAAGGCUCGUCUGGACCUCGCGGUUCGCAAGGGUUGUGAUGGAGUCGAUCCCGACAAUGUCGACGGCUACGACAACGAUAAUGGACUAGAUCUGACGGAGGCAGAUUCAGUCGACUAUGUCAUGUUUCUUGCUAACGAGGCACAUGGGCGCAACCUUUCGAUUGGACUCAAGAACGCCGGUGCCAUCAUUGACGGCGUCAUCGAUUGUAUGGAAUGGAGCGUCAAUGAGCAGUGCGUCGCCUACGACGAGUGCGACACCUAUCAACCCUUCAUACAACACCACAAACCAGUCUUCCAUGUCGAGUACCCGAAGGGAACGGAGACCAGUAACAACAAGCCGGUCUCGGCUGCGACGAAGAAAAAGUAUUGUCAAGCGGAGGACGAAGCUGGCUUUUCAACCAUUCUCAAGAAUAUCAAUCUGGACACUUGGAUCGAGACAUGUUGA